UUGAAAAAAAAAGAGAUGGGGGAGAAGAGCAAGAUUCUGAUUAUCGGGGGCACAGGGUAUAUCGGUAAAUUCAUAGUAGCCGCGAGUGCGAAAUCUGGGCACCCCACAUUUGCUUUGUUGAGAGAAGCUACAAUUGAUGACCCUGCUAAAUCUCAACUCAUUCAAGACUUCCAAAAUUCUGGAGUCACUAUACUCAAAGGUGAUUUGAAGGAGCCUGAGAGCUUAGUGAAGGCCAUAAAGCAGGUGGAUGUGGUUAUAUCCACUGUGGGCCAGAUGCAGUUGGCUGAUCAAGUCAACAUCAUUGCUGCUAUUAAGCAAGCUGGAAAUAUUAAGAGGUUCUUUCCGUCGGAGUUUGGAAACGACGUUGAUCGUGCCCGGGCAGUGGAGCCGGCAAAAUCGGCAUGGUCGGUGAAGGUUGAGAUCCGGAGAGGUAUAGAGGCACAAGGCAUUCCCUAUACCUAUGUUUCAGCAAACUACUUUGCUGGCUAUUCUCUGCCAACGCUCAUGCAGCCAGGAAUCCCCCCUCCGCCUAGAGACAAACUCCUCAUCUUUGGAGAUGGAAAUGCCAAAGCUGUGUUCAACGAUGAAUGUGACAUUGCCACAUACACCAUCAGAACUGUUGAUGAUCCAACAACAUUGAACAAAACCCUCUACAUCAAGCCUCCCAAAAACAUUUACUCCUUCAAUGAGAUUGCUUCUUUAUGGGAGAACAAAAUCGGAAAAACCCUCCACAAAAUCUAUCUACCUGAACACCAACUUCUUCAACAGAUUGCAGACUCACCAAUGCCAAUAAACAUAAUACUGGCGAUCAACCAUUCUGUAUUUGUGAAGAGUGAUCAGACAUAUUUUGAGAUUGACCCAUCAUUUGGAUUCGAGGCUUCACAGCUCUACCCUGAUGUCAACUAUACCACUGUGGAUGACUACCUCCAACAAUUUGUCUGAACUAAUCCGACUACAUCAAUAAUGGGAAACCCCUAAUUCACCUUUUUUUAUUACUAAUAUAUAUGUGUGUGCUUUUGAAACAUUUAUGGACCUAUCAUGUAUGUUAAAUUCAUGAAUAACGCUUAUGUUAUCAAUUCAUCCACUUCUUCUUCGUUUGAGUUCA